AUGGAGUCUUUUAAGGGGUUGGCGCGACGAGUAACGCAGAGCGUCAAGGAAAAGGUGAGUAAUGUGGAGCCUACUGAGGAGGAUGAGGCACUGGCCCAAGCAUGCAAAAAGGUACGCCAGUUGGAGAAGGUUGGUAAAGUUCUUGAGGAAAAGUUUGUGCGUGCUUCCAUGCUCAUCGAAGAAUUAAGUGGGAUACUUAAGGAAAUUGGACUGGAGUACAUGCGCGUCCCGGAUGUGCAACCAGAGUCUGAAAAGGUGGCAAGGGAUUUGUUUUCCCUCGGAAAUAGUCUCCUAGACUCCAGUGUAGCACAAAGGAAGGAGCUGAAGGAGGACGGCACGGAUAUGUUGAGUGCUUUUCUUAAGAAUGUGAGUGUGCUUGAUGCUUCAGAGGAGUCGUACCGCAAGUUUCGAUUAGAGCACAACUUUCAGCGAGAGAAAGUGUGGAAGUUACGGCGGGCAGAAAGUCAGGAUUCUGACCGACUCAUACGAAACGAAUGCAAACUGGAGGACUGGCACGUGAAGUUGUGGACCGCUGGCGAAAAGAGUAGGGCUGCCUGCUCGCAGUUAUACUACGACGGUCGCACCUCCAUUGAUCUUAGUGUUAUGUCAUUCACCAAGGUUCUGUCAGCCUAUUUCGGUGCUGUUGGAACCAAAAUGAACGAGAUGUUCAGCUCUAUUACUCUACCGACGUAUUCAACCGAACCUCUGCUUCCCCCAACGAAAUUGCCACCUAGUUCAGCGCAACUUUGCAAACCGCCAGUGGGUGGCACUGCCAGUGUUCCAGAGCCUGACGAGCAGCAACAAAAUCAACAAGUAGUGGAUAGCGAUGUGGUCACAACACAUGUGGCAGCUUGA